AUGGCUACCAUUGACAGUGAUUUUAUCCGCCAGCAUGUCAAGUCCCCGGACUCCAUCAUUCUUAGAGACAUCUCUGGCGGCAGUACAGUGCUCAAAGUCCCAGGAUUCGAUGUCGUGAUCAAAUUUGGUGGAGGUGUAACACAAGAGGAGGCGAUCGCGCAAAGUACAGCCUUUGACCUUUUGGACCCAGCGAUCGUACGCGUUCCACAGGUCCACCAUUUCCAUCGCGACUCUGAUACGGGCAUUGGGUAUUUGGCGAUGGAGUGGUUUGAUGCCUCACUAAUUGAUAUGCAUGACGACAGACAGGUCGAAGCCCUGCAGAAGACCAUGGCUCAUUUGGCAUCUCUGACCAGGAGCUUUCCCGGACCUCUUCAUCGAGGCGAGCCGCAAGGCAUCCUCUGGGAAGAUAGCGCUCCAAGUGCUUGUCAUACAGUUGAAGGGUUAGAGAAUUGGAUCAACACAUGGCAACAUACGCCCGUGGACCUCCGUGGAGAAGAAUUUGUGCUGUGCCACCUAGACACCGCCGCAGAGAACAUAUUGUGGCUGCCAAGUGGUCACGUUUGUCUGCUUGACUGGAGCUCUGCUGGGUAUUACCCACGCUAUUUCGAGCUGGCGGCCCAUUUGAAAAAGGGUGCGCCUAAUGAAAAAAUUGAGCGGCUUUUGCAAUCGCCGCGAGCGCCUUUCUCAAUCUCAGAAGAACAGCAUAUGGGCUGCCUGAUCCAGGCCUGCGCCAAUUCUAUGGCUUAUGCGAAGCCGAUGCCAAGAAUGCCACCAAAGCAGACCGAGCGAUGCUACCUCGUAAGGCAGCCAUCAGUGCCGCAACUGAUUCAGGAUCUGUCAGAAGAUCACCACACCGGCAAUCCAGUAGCCCAGAUCCAUCCCGAGCGCAUGGGGUUCCUUGUUGACUAA